CUGUGGCAUUAAGCACCCCUCAUACACCGGCGCUGCACAACAUAUAUUGCGCAACAGUGUGACCUCCGCCUCCUCGCACGCUUCUCCAACCAGACCAAACCAGCCAUUCAUCCAGCGUUUGCUGCUCCAACUGCACUGCAGCAGCAUUCCCAGCGUAGCCGUCGGAGAGCAGCGAUGUUUUCUUGCAGAGCAGCCUGGCAAAGGUGUGGGCCUCUGGCUCGCAGAGCAGCCUACACUAGGUUGCCCCGGGAUGUUGUGCAGCGGCGACCAAUGUCAUCUGUUCCUGGUGGGUCUGGGGAGAACAUAGUCUACACUCUGCUGUGUGGUGGAGCCUUUGUUGGUGCUCUUUCAUACGCAUACAGCACCGUGUCCACAGACAGCGCCAGGUUCAAUGAUCGCAUUGCCGAAAUCAACGCCAGACCCAAGACAGAGUGGGCACCUAAACCAUGGCCACCUAAGAGCAAGGACGAAGAAGAGGCUGGAGAGGAGGAGGAGGAGGAGGUGGCAGCCGAGGAGGUGGCAGCCGAGGAGGCCACUGGAGAGGCUGAGGUUGCCGAAGAGGAGGUUGCUGUCGCUGCUGCCGAUGGCGAGGCCGAGUCCGUCGUCGAGGCGGUCGCCGAGGAGGCAGAGGCUGUCGUAGAGGCCGUCGCCGAAGCGGUCAUCGAGGCUGCCGAGGCCGUCACCGAGGCUGCCGAGGCCGUCGCCGAGGUUGCGCACGAAGUGGAGACGGUCGCAGAAGAAGUGGCUCACGUGGCCGAAGCGGUCGAGGAGACGGCCAAGGCUAUCGCAGAACCGGCCGCCGUCGCUGCCGAGGAGCCCGAAAGCAACGGUACGACUUCUUCAGCUGAGGAGGAGGCAGCUGCCUCUGAGGCUUGAGGUUCCACAUACUCACUGCAGGGAGACGCGCACACUACCAGACACACACUUGACUCUCACCAGACACACAAUCGCUAAACCUCUGUAAUUAAAGAGCCGCUGACAGCAGGUCUUUUUCUGCCCUCCCAGCACUAGGAACAAUAAACCAGUACCUUACGGUCACUGUCUAGAACCACUACAGGUUAGCUGCUUCUCCUCAGGUGCCUCAGGUGGUAAAAAAAUGUAUAUUUUGCUCUUGUAUUUAUUGGUGUGGGUAGGGCAACGUAAGGAUGACUUUUGGUUUUUUUUUUUUCUGGUGUGCAGCGUACAUCACUGUGUGAUGUAUAUAUUUGUUCCGAUUAUUAUUAUUAUGGGGCCUAGAGAUGUUAAAACCAGCAAGGCCAUCUUCUCAGCAGGUUAUUCUUGAUUUACAGCUGCACACCACAGGUGAGACAUUUCCAAAGUGGCAGUGAGGUAUUUUAUUGUGACUCAUUUGCAGUUAUGGGUGAAAUAAAUGUGAUCACUGUGAAUACAAACAUCCAUACAGAUUGGCACUUAUUUCGCACAGUUAAUAUAACUCAACAACCAGCUAAUUCGCCUGUGAGAAUACCACUUGCCUUUUUCUAGCGCUAAAUCGCAACUCUCAUGACCCUUUUCAGAGAGAGCAGGUCUAGACCGUACUUUCAGGUUCACACACAAGUAAAUGAACGUAGAGAACAAGCAGGAACAACCUUCAAAUGUUGUGAUAUCGUUGGUGUCUUUUUGUUAUGAAGCCCCGAAUGCUGUUUUUCCAAGAUUUGACCAACACUGUAUUUCUUUGAAACCUCUGUAAUGUUGUACUUCUUCGUCGGGUAUCACAGAGCAGGCAGUUGAAAGGGCGUUUUCACACAUGUAGCUCGUUUGCUUUGUUCCGAUUCAGGGGCUAAAAAUUAUACAAUAUUUGCAUUUGUCUCUUGGUUCGUUUGUGCUCACACAGCAAUGUUGAACAGCGACGAAACAAGACAGAUUUUUGGGGAGGCAAACGCUCCCUCUCCAAACAAGCAACACCCUUAAACUGUCAUACAGCUGUGUAUAUCCUACAGCAAGAUGAGAUGGCUCUGUACAAACUCUGUAACUGCUGCAGUGGGUUCUUUUCCUUAACUGUAAUGUGAAACUCAUAAGAACUCCAUUAGGUUUCCAAGUUAUUCAACCCAUAUGUGAUCAUAUUUUUAUUUUGCUUCUAACUACAUAAGGAAACAAUAAAACUUUUAUCAAACCGGAAA